AUGCUCGCCAUGCAAAAGGAGCUCACCAAAGCACAUGAGGCGAGGAUAAGCGGCAGCUCCUGCGCGAGCGCUGUGAGCGGGUGGAGGACAAGCACAUGGGCGGCCUUGGAGGCGCCUAUUCCGAAAUCAUGGACCGCUCUGACAUGGAGGGUCUUCUCGCGGAGGUCUCCGACGUCUUGCGAAGCGACGACGAGCUGA